CAGUAAUCAGUCACGACUUGGUAAGCGCGCAGGCAGCACGUCGUCGUCGUCAUCGCCAACGGGAGUCGUGUUUUUCGGUUCGAUACAGAUAAAACCCACGUCGAUAGCCCUCGACCGUCGCGUAAUAUUCUUAGAAAGCAAACAGCUAAAGAACUAUUUCAAGAACUGUGUGGCAAGUGAAGGGUAGUUAGUGAUACACCGGUUAUAUCGGAGUGGCGAGAAAGUGUGGUUCCGGCUGGACAAUAUGAUGGACGUAAGCAGCAUGUACGGCAACCACCCGCACCACCACCAUCCACAUGCCAAUGCCUACGACGGCUACAGCACCACCACCGCGUCGGCGGCCAACGCCAGCAGCUACUUUGCUCCGCAGCAACACCAGCCCCACCUGCAGCUGCAGCAGCAGCAACAGCAUCAGCAUUUGCAGCAGCCCCAGCAGCACCUCACCUACAAUGGCUACGAGAGCAGCUCCCCAGGCAACUACUAUCCGCAGCAGCAGGCGCAGCUGACACCACCGCCCACCAGCAGCCACCAGGUGGUGCAGCAGCACCAGCAACAGCAGCAGGCGCAGCAGCAACAGCUCUAUCCGCAUUCGCAUCUCUUUAGUCCCAGUGCGGCGGAGUAUGGCAUCACCACGAGUACGACCACGGGAAAUCCGGGCACGCCGCUCCAUCCUAGUAGCCACUCUCCGGCGGACUCCUACUACGAAAGUGACUCGGUGCACUCGUACUACGCUACCGCCGCAGUGGCCACAGUUGCUCCACCCAGCAAUAGCUCACCUAUUACCGCCGCCAAUGCAAGUGCCACCAGCAACACACAACAACAGCAGCAACAGGCAGCAAUCAUCAGCUCCGAGAACGGGAUGAUGUACACCAACCUGGACUGCAUGUAUCCCACGGCCCAGGCUCAGGCUCCGGUUCACGGAUAUGCCGGCCAGAUCGAGGAGAAAUACGCCGCCGUCCUGCACGCCAGCUAUGCACCCGGAAUGGUGCUGGAGGAUCAGGAUCCAAUGAUGCAGCAGGCCACGCAGUCGCAGAUGUGGCACCACCAGCAACAUCUGGCAGGCAGCUAUGCCCUAGAUGCCAUGGACUCGCUAGGAAUGCACGCCCACAUGCAUCACGGCCUGCCCCACGGACACCUGGGCAACUUGGCCAACAAUCCGCAUCAGCAACAGCCACAAGUCCAGCAGCAACAGCAGCAGCCGCACCAGCAACCGCAACAUCCGCAGAACCAAUCCCCAGCGGCACACCAGCAGCACCACCAGAACUCCGUGUCGCCCAACGGUGGAAUGAAUCGCCAGCAGCGCGGGGGAGUGAUCUCCCCGGGUAGCUCCACUUCCUCCUCCACCUCCGCCUCGAAUGGAGCACAUCCUGCCAGCACGCAAUCAAAGUCGCCAAAUCAUUCCAGCAGCAUCCCCACCUACAAGUGGAUGCAACUCAAGAGGAAUGUUCCAAAGCCUCAAGCACCGAAACUACCUGCCAGUGGAAUCGCCAGCAUGCACGACUACCAGAUGAAUGGACAGCUGGACAUGUGCCGCGGUGGAGGAGGCGGGGGCAGCGGCGUCGGGAACGGUCCCGUGGGCGUUGGGGGCAACGGAUCCCCCGGGAUCGGAGGCGUCCUUUCCGUGCAGAACUCCCUGAUAAUGGCGAACAGUGCGGCGGCGGCGGGAAGUGCCCAUCCCAACGGCAUGGGCGUGGGUCUGGGCAGCGGAUCCGGACUGAGCAGCUGCAGCCUCUCCAGCAACACCAACAACUCCGGCCGGACGAACUUCACCAACAAGCAGCUGACCGAGCUGGAAAAAGAGUUCCACUUCAAUCGCUACUUGACGCGGGCGCGCCGCAUUGAAAUCGCCAAUACGUUGCAGCUUAAUGAAACGCAGGUCAAAAUCUGGUUCCAGAACCGCCGCAUGAAGCAGAAGAAGCGCGUGAAGGAGGGCCUCAUUCCGGCGGACAUCCUGACGCAGCACUCCACGUCCGUGAUCAGCGAGAAGCCGCCGCAGCAGCAGCAGCCACAGCCGCCGGAGCUGCAGUUGAAGUCGCAGGGCAGCGAUCUGGGCGGGAAUGAGCUGGCCACAGGAGCACCUUCGACACCCACGACAGCCAUGACACUGACAGCACCCACGAGCAAGCAAAGUUGAAGGGCUUUCUUCGAUGUUGGUUGUAAUUGUUAUGCUAUUGUUGUUUCUGCCGCCAAAAUAUUGACGCAUUUCGUUGUGAUAAAAUAGUAGAAAGUGCAGAGAGGAAAUAAUACAUACAAAUUAUACACACACACAUAGCAAAUUGAAAUCCGUAAUCAAACGCUAGCAACUAGUGGAAUCUAGGAGUCUAGGUGCCAUAUUCAUUCACGUAGGGGCUGUAAAUACUUACUCUUACAUUUCGCAUUGCCGCAGCUGAAGUUUUUGGACUAGCUUAAACUGAACUCAGGGUUAAAUUAAAAUGUAACUUACUUAAACGCACGCAGAGCAAUUGACAAAAUACUGAUGCAAACAGAAUCAAAACAGAAAUCGAAAAUCUAAAUCUUAACUAUUUAAAACUUUCCAAUAACUAUAGCUAGUAGAACCCCUAGUUAUGUAUAUUCCACCCGCCACCACAACUCGUCUGUAGUAUUAUUAGCUAAGUUCUAGAAUGCCCAAGUUAUUCGUUUUGUGCUUAAAAGUAAUCGGUAAAUCUUGAUGUAAAUCAACGUCUGUAUAUUUAAUCUAGUCCUAAUUGUAAUAUAAUUAUAACUAUACACCACUUGUAUGAAUAAACAAUAAACGAAGCCCGAUUGCAAAUUGUU